UUUAAUAAAAAAUUUAAAAUUGAAAUUAUAAAAAUAUUAAAAUAUAUCUAUUAUAUUUUAAUUAAUAUUAUAAAAUUUUAUAAUAAAAACAAUUUCAAUAAAUUUUCAAAAAUUUAUGGGUGAAAGUAAAAAUAUUUAAUAAAAAAUAUUAAUUAAAAUAAAGAAUCCGAGUAAUAGUUGGGAUUAUGUUAGGAAAAAUAAAAUACAUGAACAUCAUCGAAAAAAUUGUUGGGAUUUGAACAGUAAAAAUAAUGGUGGUUACAUAACAAAAAUAAGAUAUAUGGAUACAGUUACAAAAAGUGGUGGUUGCCGAUCAUUAGGCACUUUAAGUGGGGGGUUACAUAAUAUAUAUAUAUUUCAUUGCAGUUAUAUUAAAAAGGUAUGUAUUAUUAAAAUUUAAGUUGGACAUAACUUUUUAUCAAUGGGUCACACUGCUGUUUUAAUAGAAUAGAUUACAUAACAAAAAUAAGAUAUAUGGAUACAGUUACAAAAAGUGGUGGUUGCCGAUCAUUAGGCACUUUAAGUGGGGGGUUACAUAAUAUAUAUAUAUUUCAUUGCAGUUAUAUUAAAAAGGUAUGUAUUAUUAAAAUUUAAGUUGGACAUAACUUUUUAUCAAUGGGUCACACUGCUGUUUUAAUAGAAUAGAUAUGCCUUUUAAAAAAUUCGAAUUGUCAAAGAACAUAAAUGACAUUAAUAACCAUAACUAAUAUUAAUAACCGUAAAAUUUGACGAAAAGUUAAGACUGAGAAUUUCAUCAUCUAAAACCCGACAAGUAAUUGAGAGUGACUAAUCGACUUUAUCAAAUUGAUGAGAAUCAUUAUUUGUCGCAGAAGAAAUCACUACUUCUUGUUUGCAUCGGAGAUUGUCUACGAAAUCGAUUUGCGGAAUAUGAAAUCAAUUUGGGGACUAGGUUUUUGAGUGAGAAAGAAGAUAUCAAUUUUGAGAUUUCUUUUAAACGAAAUGAUUUUUAAAACAAUGUUGUUUUAGGUUUUAUGGACAUUACUCAAAUUUAAUAGUUGACUAUUAAAGUUUCUUAAAAGAUCGGGUCAAAAGUAAAUGAAAGUUAAAAUGAUUAAUAUUUAAAAUUUUAAUUUUUUUUUUGCUUAAACACGAAUUAGAAGGUUUUUUGGAUUUAAUUUGAAAGUUGAGAGUUAUAAUGGUUGUUUUCUUAAUCUAAUAAAUUUGAAUAAUUAUAAUACUUUAUGGGUGAAGAAGAAGGCAAACCAGAAAAUAGAAACGUUAAACUUGAAAAUUUCUUCUAUUUCUUCUACAUUCAGAAAGAUCAGAGUUCUUUUUGUUGUCUGUGAGGGGGGAGAGAGAUUCUAUUAACGACCCCGCCGUUCGAAAACCGGAGAGUAACCUCGCGCCGCCUCGAGAUCUCACCGGAAGAGUUUCGCCGUAGAAGCAAGAGAGUCCCAUCGAUUUUGAAAAAAUAUUGCACUAAAUGGUGGUUGUUACAAGAGACGAUAGACUUGCUGGAGCUCUUCCUCAUGUUCAACCUAUGAGCGCUGCUAAUAAAAUGUGUGGGAGCCACCUCCCUGAAGCUCAAAAAUCCAGAGUUCACUUACCUCAAACGAAUUGGUUGAAACAUGCCAACGCUUUUGAGUGUAUACCAUCGUCGAACAACUUUCUAAGCUCUAGUAUGCUUUACUCUCUAGAAAGUCAAAAGCCUAGUAGAAGUAGAGAAACGGCUUCGAGGCCAAUUUACAACAUCAUCCCUGUAGAUGUGCAGACUUUGGCACACCAACAUAUUUCAAAGGUAACAACAAUGGGGAAACUUGUCAUGGCUUGGUGUGCUCUUGCAAAUCUCUCAAUAAAUAAUACAUACCUGAGACCUGGCAUUACUCCUGCAAUUGAUGAUAUCAACACUAACUGUUCAUUUUCUACGAGAGGAAGAUCCACUGCUAAAGUUACAUCCAACACUGAUGGAUCUUUCUUUGCACACAAUCAUCAAGAGGAUAGUCAAAAGAGAAUAAGAGGAACUGCAACAUCUUUUGACCGUUUCUCCUCCUCAUCCCCAGGUGAUGGUAAAUUAAUUUCUGGCAAGGUUCCACGGGUAUAUAACGAGGUUAGAGAUUCAGUAACCGGUUGUAUAAAUGGUAUGGAGGUACCACCAAUUAGAAACUUAGCACACCCAGCUAGACAGGUGGAAGUUAUCGAGAUUGACGAUGAUGACAUUCUCAAGAGUAUUGACGUAGAGAAAAUUGUUAUGGAACACUACCAUUCAACGUGUACCCAUCAACCAUCUGUUAAUAUAUUUGCUUCAAGAGGAGAAGAAAACCCAUGUUUGCCUCCUGAGCUAUGUUCCAACUAUAGUCAUGGAGUAAAGCUAGGGCUCUGUCUUCAAGCUCCCAGCCAUGUGGAACAAAUGAAGGACGCGCUGCUUGCAGUAUCAAAUGAACUACUUGACGAUUCUACCGACCUGAGCCCUGGUCAUUUUGAACAGCUUUGUCAAGAGAGGUUACUGUUGAAAAAGCAAAUUCAGCAGCUUGAGAUCCUUAUCCAAGAUAAAGAAAAGAAAAGCUCUGGGUGUUUGGCAUCUAGGCCCACUCGUAAUAUUCAGUAUGAGACACCUCAAACAACAAAUCGAAAGGCGGAUUAUGCGCACGCAGAUUCUCGAGUUCAUGUAACAGAACAAGGCAGAUAUGUAAGUGAUAACUGGAAUAUGCCGCGAGACUAUUUAUGUUCUGAAGAUAGGUCUGGUCUUUCAUCUGGUCCUAUAGAGAGAGAACGAUGUGUUCCUGAGAUUAUAGAUGUCACUUAUACCGAUGGUUCAAAUGACAAAAAGUGGAGCAGUCGUGACUUUCCUUGGACUAAAAAUCUGGAGGUCAAUAACAAAAGAGUGUUUGGAAACCACUCAUUUCGACCCAACCAAAGAGAGAUCAUUAAUGCUACAAUGAGUGGUUGUGAUGUUUUUGUUUUGAUGCCAACUGGAGGAGGGAAAAGCUUGACAUAUCAGCUCCCCGCUCUGAUCUGUGCAGGAAUAACAUUAGUAAUUUCUCCACUUGUUUCACUCAUCCAAGACCAGAUAAUGAACUUAUUACAGGCCAAUAUACAUGCUGCUUCCUUAAGUGCUGGAAUGGAUUGGACUCAACAACUAGAUAUACUUCGGGAGCUGAGCUCGGAGAACUCUAAAUACAGGUUACUGUAUGUCACACCGGAAAAAGUGGCAAAAAGUGAUUCCCUUUUGAGGCACCUUGAAAGCUUAAACUCCCACAGUUUACUUGCUCGAUUUGUUAUUGAUGAAGCUCAUUGUGUGAGUCAGUGGGGGCAUGACUUUCGACCAGACUACCAGGGUCUUGGUAUUCUGAAGAAGAAGUUUCCUAAAAUUCCCAUGUUGGCUUUGACAGCUACUGCAACAGCCAGUGUAAAAGAAGAUGUUGUGCAAGCUCUUGGCCUGGUUAACACUGUUGUGUUCCGGCAAAGUUUUAAUCGCCCAAAUCUGUGGUACUCUGUGGUUCCCAAGACAAAUAAGUGCUUGGAAGAUAUUGACCAGUUUAUCAAGAAAAACCAUUUUGAUGAGUGUGGCAUCAUUUAUUGUCUUUCUAAAAUGGACUGCGAAAAAGUCACUGAAACGUUGCGGAAGUUUGGCCAUAAAGCAGCCUUCUACCAUGGUAGUAUGGAUCCUGGUAAACGUGCGUUUGUACAGAAAAAAUGGAGCAAAGAUGAAAUCAAUAUAAUAUGUGCUACGGUGGCGUUUGGAAUGGGAAUAAAUAAGCCUGACGUUCGCUUUGUAAUUCAUCACUCUCUCCCAAAGUCCAUUGAAGGCUAUUAUCAGGAAUGCGGUCGUGCUGGUAGGGACGGCCAGAGGUCAUCAUGUGUUUUGUAUUACUGUUAUAGCGAUUAUAUUCGAGUGAAGCAUAUGAUUAGCCAAGGAGGACCUGGCCAAAGCACCAUGACAACGGGAUACAAUCGUAUAGCAAGUUCAGGGAGGACACUGGAAUCGAAUACGGACAAUCUUCUCCGCAUGGUUAGUUACUGUGAAAAUGAGGUGGAUUGUCGACGUUUCUUGCAGCUAGUUCAUUUGGGGGAAAAUUUUGAUUCGACGAACUGCAAAAACACAUGUGAUAAUUGCUCCAGCAGCAAAACAUUGAUUGAGAAAGAUGUAACUUUGAUUGGAAGGCAACUGGUUGAACUUGUGAAGCUAACAGGAGAAAGGUUUUCUUCAGCUCAUAUUGUAGAACUCUACAGGGGAUCCUUAAACCAGACGGUCAAGAAACACAGACAUGAAACUUUGCACCUCCAUGGAGCAGGAAAGCAUUUAUCUAAAAGUGAAGCCUCUCGUAUCUUGCACUAUCUUGUGACAAAAGACAUUCUCACAGAGUAUGUUAAAAAGAGUGAUCUGUAUGGAUCUGUAUCGUCUUUGCUGAAGGUGAAUAGAUCAAAAGCUGCCUCAAUCUUAUCUGGAGGCCAGACUAUAGAAAUGAGAUUUCCUUCAGCUGUAAAAGCAGUAAAGCCGAGCAAACAGGGACCAACCCCAGCAAGAGUUGCACUAAAGCAAACUACUCUUCCAAUGGCACCUGCUCCCCCACAAGACUCGAUUCUCUCGGAUACCUUGGUCAAAGCCUUGAAAAAUCUUCGGGCUGAUAUUGUCAAGGAAUCCUCAGAUGCAGUAAUGUCAUACCAUAUAUUUGGCAAUCCGACGCUUCAACAGAUAAGUAAACGACUUCCCAGAACCAAAGAGGAACUCCUUGAUAUCCAUGGUCUUGGAAAAGCCAAGGUGAGCAAGUACGGGGAUCGUUUGUUGGAAACUAUAGAAUCAACCAUCAACAACCACUACGGAACCAAUAAGAAUGAGGGUACAGGGUCAGGGAAGAGGAGGAGAGACGAGAACACUAAUCCAAUUGUAGUUGACAAUGAUGAUGAUGAUCCUGAUUGGACUCCGAGCCAGCAGUCCUACAAAAAAGCUUACGCUGUUCGUGGUCAAACGUCUGAAGAAGCUAUAUGUUGAUUUUGAAGAUGAUGGACGAGUACUUGUGUGUAAUCUUUGAAUUGGGAAAGGAUCAACUGAAUACAAGAAAGACAUUUAACGCGGCUUAUCAUUACGUCGUAGCAACUCAACAAACACAAGUGCAAAGAGGCAGUAGGUUCUUGCUUCUUGUGAGGAACCGGUUAGAAAAUUAGAACGUCCACAGAGUAGUAAUACACGAAAAUUUAUGAUAAACAAAUAAAAAAAAUCAAUUUCUAA